UUCCCACUUAUUAAAUUAUCAUCAUCUUUCACCCUACUCUCUCUAUCUCUCUCUUCCAGUUAGGGUUUCACUCCUCAACAAAUCUGAGAGAAGCUUAUACCAUUAUUGCUGUUUUUGUCACGGAGGAAGAAGAAGGAAAAAAAAAAAAAAAGAAGCAGGUUGUGAAAACCUUAUCAUCCAACAAGGGAAAGGGAAUAAAGAAAAAAAAAGGUACUUUCAGUUCAUCUCAUCAAAGAAAACCUACUAUACUACAUCACAAACAGAGAAUCAAGAAGGAGAUGGCAUCAUCAAGCUCGUACAAUUCACCUUGCGCUGCCUGCAAAUUCUUGAGGAGGAAGUGCAUGCCAGGGUGUAUCUUUGCGCCUUAUUUUCCACCCGAAGAGCCUCAAAAGUUUGCAAACGUGCACAAGAUCUUCGGGGCAAGCAAUGUUACCAAGCUCCUCAACGAGCUUCUGCCUCAUCAGAGAGAGGAUGCGGUCAACUCCCUCGCUUAUGAGGCAGAAGCUCGCGUGAGAGAUCCUGUUUACGGCUGCGUUGGCGCCAUAUCAUUCCUCCAAAGACAAGUCCAAAGACUUCAGAAAGAACUUGAUGCCGCCAACGCCGAUCUUCUCCGCUAUUCCUUUACUGACAUCGCUCCGACGCCGGCUCUUUCUAUGCCUCCCGGACUAACCAAUGCUACUUCCCUUCAACAAAUUCCCCAAAGGUUUGGGGCAAGAUUUGAUAACGAAGGAAGUGGAUUCUAUAAUAAUAAUCGCCAAUAUUCACCUAAUAUUUAUUCUUACCCUUACUCUCUUCCAUGGACCGAUACCUCUUCCAAGGAUAUCAGCGAUGGGGGCGGGUUAGGUGACGGCGAUGGGAGAGGAGGUAAUUUGUGAAUUAAGUUUGCAGUAUAAUACCCUUCCAUCAAGGGUUUAUACUUUUUGAGGCAUGGUCUAAAAUGUUUCUUAUGGUAUAAUAAUAUUUUAUAAUGUCUAUUAUGGUUAUUAUUACUCUACGUAGGCUUGGUUGUUGAAGGUUCUAGUGUUUUUUAUUCUCUUAAUAAAUUUUAUCUGGUGGGAUUUUUGUUAUUAAUUAGUUUGUUAGAGUCCUUGAUUGUAUGGUAUUGUUGAAGAAGUUGCGAGGAUCUUAGGUAGUCUUUUCGAAAUCUUUUGUGUGUGUGGCUUUCUUUAGAGCCUAAAAAUAAGUUGGUAGAACAUGCAAUAGUAGUAAUGUAUGUGGCUACUA